CCGGAACCCGCGGGUCGCUCACUUCGGUUCCGGUCGGAAUUACCCGGCGGCGCACGCUAACAUGGCCGCGCUGGUAGUGAGAGUUGUCAGGGAGCUGCUGAAACGUGUGGACUUCGCAACAGCCCCACGAAGACAUCGACAUAAGAAAAAAUGGGCUACCACAGAGCCCAAAUUCCCUGCCACUCGACUGGCUCUGCAGAAUUUUGACAUGACCUAUAGUGUGCAGUUUGGAGAUCUUUGGCCAUCAAUCCGGGUCAGUCUUCUUUCAGAGCAGAAGUAUGGUGCACUAGUCAAUAACUUUGCCACUUGGGAUCAUGUGAUUGCUGAUCUGGAGCAGCUGAGUGCCAGGGACUUUGUGAAUGAAGCCUUCUCCCACUGGGAACUGGGGCCUGAGAGUGACCAACCUACAGUACCAGUCCCAACUCCAGCUUCCUGGGCCUGCAGUCCGAACCUUCGAUGCUUCACUUUUGCCAAAGGGGAUGUUAGCCGCUUCCCUCAUGCCAGGCUUAGCAGCUUGGGUGUUCUGGACUACUACCUGAUGGAUGCUGCCUCCUUGCUGCCCGUCCUGGCCCUUGGCUUGCAGCCUGGGGACACUGUGCUUGACCUGUGUGCAGCCCCCGGGGGAAAGACAUUAGCAUUGCUUCAGACUGGCUGUUGCCGCAAUCUUGCUGCCAAUGAUCUCUCCACUUCCCGAACAGGCAGACUACAGAAGGUCCUUCACAGCUAUGUGCCUGAAGAUAUCAGAGAUGGAAAUCGAGUUCGAGUUACCUCUUGGGAUGGCAGGAAGUGGGGAGAACUGGAGGGGGACACGUAUGACCGGGUGCUAGUGGAUGUGCCCUGUACCACAGACCGCCACUCCCUUCAUGAGGAAGAGAACAACAUCUUUCAACGGUCAAGGAAGAAGGAGCGGCAGAUGUUGCCUCUACUGCAGGUGCAGCUUCUCGCGGCUGGACUCCUUGCCACCAAACCAGGAGGCUACGUUGUCUAUUCGACCUGUUCGCUCUCACACUUACAGAACGAAUAUGUGGUGCAAGGCACCAUUGAGCUCCUGGCCAAUCAAUACAGCAUUGAAGUUCGGGUUGAAGACCUGACUUACUUCCGAAAGCUCUUCAUGGACACAUUCUUUUUCUUCCCAUCCUGCCAGAUGGGGGAGCUGGUAAUCCCAAACCUCAUGGCCAAUUUUGGCCCUAUGUACUUUUGCAAAUUGUGUAGGCUGACGUAGCAUCACCCUGUCCCUAAGGCCCUGGUGUAUAUAGGAAGACAAAGGGUGUACUCUAUUGGAGGGCACCAGGAACUGAUACCCAUGGCAGAGAAGCACUCUGAGUCCUGUCUCCAUCCUGUGCAAGUCUCUCUGCAGACAGUUUUCAGCAGAGGAAGUAG